UAAUAGGCUCUCUAGGGAAAAGAAUAUGUAAAAAUAAAAUUCCUUGACACUAACUUGACAGUUGUCUGUGGUUGGUUAGGUUAUAGUUAAAAUUGUCGUAAUCCUUAUCUUAUAAUCGAUUCUCCAUUGUCUGAUAAAAAUGGCAAAACAGCACUCUUCAAGAUUUUGGGAUGUUAAGGGCGAUGACACCCAGCCACCACCUGAGGAGGAUUGUGAUGCAACCCUGAAUCUGGACAACCCACCAUGGGGAUGGGUGCACCCCUCUACAAAUGCCAAAACUAAGUCAUUCGCAUUGCACAAAAACAAAACCCGUUUUGGAAGACAUCCAGAUUGUGAAUACGUCUUUCAUGAAAAUCAGUUUGAAGACGUGGCUCUACACAAGACCAUAAGUAGUCAUCAUUUUCAAAUUACCAGAGAAACGGACUCAAGUAAAGGACCAACUUCGGUUUUCAUCAUGGACAAAAGCUCCAAUGGAACAUUUGUGAAUGGUGACAAGUUGGAGAAGGAUAAGAAAACAAUUUUACUUCAUAACAGUGAAAUAUGUGUCUCUACCUCGACAAACAAUGUUUUUAUUUUCUCACUUAACGACAAUGAGUGGCUCCCUAAGGAAUACCAAGCAAAAUACAAAAUGCAUCAACUAAUCGGCACUGGUAGCUUCGGAGAGGUAUACUUAGCUUCAAGCAGAAUAACAAAGAAAAAAGUCGCAAUAAAAAAAUUAAAAAUAAUGGGAACUGAGGGAGCUUUUCCACAAGAGGAAGUCAAAACUCUUCAAACACUCCACCAUCAUAACAUUGUGAUGAUGGAGGACUGUUUUGAAUCUCCAAAGCAAAGAUAUUUAGUACAAGAGUAUGUGAGUGGUGGAACUCUUAAACAAAAGGUUGACAACCUGGGACGUAUAGAGGAGAGGGACGCAAAGUUGGUAUUUUACCAACUGGCGGAAGCCCUCCUGUACCUACAUACUAAAAAAAUCAUCCACCGAGAUGUCAAGCCUAGUAAUGUGCUGAUCGCCCCUUACCGUAGUGGAGACUUGGUGAAGCUUAGUGAUUUUGGUAUCAGUAAGCAGGGGGUCGACAAUCCUAGCAUUGUUUGUGGCACCAUCUUGUACAAAGCACCUGAACUUGUGAACCGUCUUCGAUACACUGACAAAGUUGAUGUUUGGAGCUAUGGAGUUUCACUGUUCUUCUGUUUGAGCGGUGAACAUCCUUUCAGAGAGGGAAAUACACUUGGUAUGUCUGUCCCUGAACAGAUUGUGCGUGGAUACUACUCCAUGGGGAGUAGGAGAUGGAGAAACAUCAAUAAGAAAGCUUGGAAGUUAAUCACCUUGACCUUAAUGGUUUCACCAGAAGACCGACCUACUAGCACGCAAAUUAUAGAUCACGGUUGGUUUGAGGACAUGGAGAUGAAAGAGCGACACAGUGCACUCUUAAACGAAGCAAAUGUCCAUUUUGUGUUAAAUGACAAUCUCAAAAAGAUGAAAUGAUUUUCAAAAUCGUUCUGCAAACACUGACAAGGGCACAUUUUUCUUAACUAGUCGUAAAUAGGGAAUUCGAUGAAAAUAGAGCCCUGAAACCUCAUUUGUCUAACAAUGACAGUUGUUAAAAAAACUUCAUAAUUAGGGUUUUUUAUGUAUUUAUUGAUUUUUUGGAUAGGUAUUUGUUGUGUGUUUCAUGCAAAUGCAAUAUCCCUUGUAUUUUUUCAAACUUAAAGAUGAACAGAGGAUUGGUCAGGAAAUAAAAAGUUAAUUUUAAAGUUAAAAGUUAUCUUUUUUUAGUAUAUGACCGCCUAUCUCAGGCUUGUACUUAUUACUUUACCUUCUAUGUAUAGAUCCAAAUAUAGCUCUCUCAACUCUG